AUGUCGUUCCAGAGCAAGAUCUUCCGCACUGCCAACGCUCCUCGCACUGCCCCCACCGAGGUUGAGCAGCAGAUUGCCCAGGCUCUCCUGGACCUCCAGAACAACGUUCCCGAGCUUCAGUCCGAGCUUGCUCCCCUCCAGAUCUCCUCUGCUCGUGAGGUCGACGUCAAGGGCGGCAAGAAGGCCAUCGUCGUCUUCGUCCCCGUUCCCCAGCUGAAGGCUUUCCACAAGAUCCAGCAGCGGUAA